UGCCGGCGCGGCCCAAAGUUGAAAACACCUCGUGCUUCGUGCCGCCAUAAGUUGCUUAACCUGAUACCAGUGCAACGUGGUGUAUUCAUCGCUGUUCUUAAACAAAAGUAGACGUAUUGUGCACAUUAUUAUCGUUACAUUUUUUGUUUGGAUUAAAAUUUGUAUGCUGGCAAAGCAUUUAUUUGUUCAACUAGUGUAUGAACAUUCUUGAAUAUUCUUUACAAGAAUAAAAAGAAGAAAAAGAACACGUGCAUGAAGAACGACAAAGAUUAUAAAAUUGUUGCUUUGUGCCAUGUGCUUCAUGCCGCCAUAAGUUACUUAACCUGAUACCAGUGCGUGGUAUGUUCACUGCUGCCUUAAACAGAAGUAAACGUAUUUGUGCACGUUAUUAUCGUUACAUUUUUCGUUCGAAUUAAAAUUUGUAUGCUAGCAAAGCAUUUAUUUGUUCAAUUAGUAUAUGAACAUGCAGUCUUGAAUAUUUUUUAUAAGAAUAAAAAAAAGAAAAGGAACACGUGCACGAAGAACGAAAGCAAAAUCUCAGCAGUUGUUCGUUCGCAUACGACGAAGCAAAAGAUAAUUACGAAAAAGGCUACUUUGAGUUUUAACAUCAAAUUUUCACAUUUGCGUACGAGAAAGUAGAAAAGAAGUUAUCUUACAGCCAAGAUGCAAAAAUAUUCCAUAGUUGAAUUUAAUGAUGAAAAUACCGUUGAAAUUAUUCCUUCUUCUUGGAUAUCAUUUGAUAAAAAAACUACAUUAUGGCCCAAUACUAUAUCUCCUGCCAUUCUAAAGAAAUAUUUGAAAAAUAAUACUCAGCCCAAUGAUGAUUGGACUUCUGUACAUAUAAGAGUUUUAGGACAUGCAGAUAAUUUAACUGAAGCCAUGAAAAAAGCGGAAAGAGCACAAGAUACGUCUCAGUUAAGUAGUAGUGAUGACUCUACUUCUGAUACAACAAAUACACGACAGAAGAAAUCCCAACAUAAACAUCACAAUUUGUCUGAUGAAGAUGAUGAAGAUGAUGCUUUAGCUUCAAAAAAUCAGUAUAAAAUAAAUUCAGAGAAAGGUCCUAAAUCCAAUAAAAAUAAAAGCAUCCAAAGAGAUGAAGCAGAAAAGUCAAAGAAGAUUUCAUAUCAAAAUCUAAAUAGUUCUUCCAAUGAAGAAGAUGAUCUAGCUUCAGGAAAUCAGUGUACAGUAAAUUCAGAUAAACGUCCUAAUGUUCCAUCUUUUCCUGAUAAUGAGUUAAAUUUACAAAGAGAUUCUCAAGCUGAUCCUGUAUUAUCCAAUAAAAGUAAUACAACCAUCCAAAGAAGCGAAGUAGAAAAAUCAAAAAACAUUCAACAAAUUAAAGAAGGCAUUUUAACAAAAAUUUUUAAAUUAAUGGAAGAAGUUAGAUUUGAAACAGUUGCAUUGAAAAAGGGACAACAAGAAAUAAAAGUAAAAUUAGAUACUCUAUUGACACACAAUGAUAAUAGUGUCAUAAACACAUUUAGUCACCUUCUUCCGAUUUGUUCCAUGGAGUCCUUUGAUGAAAUUGAUCAAGGUUUGAAAAAUUCUGAAGAAAACUUUAUAUCUUUGAUAAAAUAUCUCAACCUUGGUUCAGGAGAAACUGUAAAGGCAUUAGUGCCAUCAGUAAUGAAAUUACUUAUGAAGAAGACUGUUUCCAUGCAUUUCAGUGGUUCCGGAAAACAAAAAAAAACGUGAUUUUUCUGCAACUAAGGUUGCUGCUGCAGUAUUUGAGGUUGUGUCGAAAAAAAUACCAAAUGUAUCCAGAAAUGAAAUUUUGCAAAAAAUAUCAAAAUUCCUUGCAGAAAGUGGAGACAGAGAAGGAGGAAGAAAAGAAAGAUUUUCGAAAUCUACAAAUUAGG